AUGGAUUUUAACGAUUUAAUAUUUCCCUCUCCUAAGCCUAGUUACGAUUAUACUCUUUCUGGUCUCUAUUACAUUGAAGAAGAAAUUCAGUAUCAUCGUAGUCGUUCCCUUAUUCAAUAAAAUGAACUCAAAACAUAUGAUGGCACUAUCAAAGUCACACUCAAUCAAUCUGAGUCAACAAGACAAAUGAGUCAGAACAGAUAAACCAAAAGGAUAGUUACUCUCUUAUAGCUUGAAGAGAAUCUUAGAAAUGGUAUAAUAGUCUAUUUUCAUGCCAAUGCAGAAGACAUCGGAAUGUGCAAAUCUCUUGCGUAUUUACUUGCUGCUGAAUUGGAAAUGGCCUCCAUCUGUAUGGAAUAUCCAGGAUAUGGAAUUUAUCAUGGACAAUCAUCUAGUGAUACUAUAAUCAAAAAUGCUUAUCAAUUGAUUGAGCAUCUCAUUAAUAAUCUUAAAGUCCAUGAAUCUAAAAUCAUUAUUAUGGGUAGAUCCAUAGGAACCAGCAUUGCUGUUGAAAUGAGUAUUAGAUACAAAAGAAUAAGAGCGCUUGUAUUAUUGAGUCCAUUUACAUCUCUCUGUGAUGUUAUAAAAGAAAAUAGUUUUAAUUGGGUAUCUAAACUAGUCAAAGAACGCUUUAGAAAUCUUGAAAAAAUGCAUAAGGUACAUUGUCCUACACUUUUUAUUCAUGGUAUCAACGACAAAUUGAUAUCUUAUUAACAUUCUAUUUAAUUGAUGAGUAAGUGUAGUGGAUUUGCUCAUUUACAAUUAUUCGAAGGAAUGACACACAACUAAUUUUUGAUUGAUUUACAUAUUAUAUCUCCAAUCAGAUAGUUUUUAAUGAAAAUUUAAUCAUGA